AUGACGUUUAUCGCCAAGACAUUCUACGACUUGAAGGCCACCACGCUGGAGGGAGACCCGGUGGACUUUAACGUCUACAGGGGACGGGUGGUCCUCAUAGAGAACGUGGCCUCGCUCUGAGGCACCACCACCCGGGACUUCAGCGAGCUCAACCUGCUUCAAAGCAAGUACCCUCAUCGGCUGGUGGUCCUGGGCUUUCCCUGUAACCAGUUUGGAUAUCAGGAGAACUGCUCCAAUGGCGAGAUCCUGAGUUCACUGCAGCAUGUGCGUCCAGGCGGUGGCUUUCAGCCCAACUUCACCAUCUUUGAGAAGUGUAACGUCAACGGAACAAACACACAUCCAGUCUUUGCCUAUCUGAAAGACAAGCUCCCCUAUCCCGAUGACGACCCCAACUCCCUCAUGCAGGACCCCAAGUUUCUGGUUUGGAGUCCCAUCUGCAGGACGGACGUGUCUUGGAACUUUGAGAAAUUCGUCAUUGGGCCAGAGGGAGAGCCCUUUAAAAGAUACAGCAAAAAGUUCCCCACCAUUGACAUCGAGCCUGACAUUCAAAGACUGUUAAGAUUAACCAAGACCUAG